CGACAGCUACCACCCACGAGCAAAUGUUUGCCCUCAUCGAUGUCAGCCAUGACAGGCAGCUUCGGGCGGACGGUCCUUCAGCGAUCUCUCCAGUUCAGGUCCUUCCUGUUGCAUCGGCCUGUGGGCGUGCCACUAUUGCAUGAGGAAGUACAGGCUCCACUGCAGAGUCUCUACCCCGACGGCGGCCCCGCUGCUGUCCACCACCUGGGGGCAGUGCGGCGCUACUCGUUGGUGCCGUACGUGCUGGAGCACACCCCACGCGGGGAGCGCGUGUUUGACAUCUACUCGCGGUUGCUCAAGGAGCGUAUCAUUUUUGUAAAUGGCGCCAUCACAGAUGACAUGGCGUCCCUCGUGGUGGCGCAGCUCCUCUUCCUUGAGUCCGAGCAGCCCAGCAAGCCGAUCAACAUGUACAUAAACUCACCGGGGGGAAUCGUCACAGGGGGCCUUGCUAUCUACGACACAAUGCAGUACAUUCAGUGCCCCGUGAGCACGCUGUGUGUCGGGCAGGCCGCCAGCAUGGCCAGCCUGCUGCUGGCGGCCGGCGCACGGGGGGUGCGGCGCAGCCUGCCUAAUUCCAAGGUCAUGAUCCACCAGCCAUCGGGGGGCGCCAGCGGGCAGGCCUCCGACAUUGCGAUCCAUGCCAAAGAGAUCCUGCGCACGCGCGAGCGGCUCAACCAGCUUUAUGCACUGCACACGGGCAGCAAAGCAGAGACGAUCGAAGCAUCAAUGGAGAGAGACUACUUCAUGACACCAGAAGAGGCAAAGGAUUACGGGAUUAUAGAUGCCGUCAUCCAAAAGCGGCCGGCUUCACCGCAGGACAAUGGGUCGAGUAGAAAUGCAGAUAAGGAUCAUCAAACUUCUGGUCUAUGAAAAGCCGCAUUGGUGAGGGAAUCUGCCUACAUUGGUGUUCCUAUUGUCCAGGCUCAUGCAUGUGUCAGAUGAUCCGGGGCUCAUGCAUGUGGGCCCAGGUCGGUGAUUGAGGCAGCUCGCCAAAUCUAUUUGUCACCAGUGCUCGUAUGUAAAAUACGAUCCAAGAUACACGAAUCAUAGAAAGUGUAGCGUUUUAUGAGCGGGUUGGAUUGGACGCGGGCCGGAUAUGCAAUAUGAUUACAU